AUGAGCGAUGCUGAGCUAAAAGAAUUGACACUAAUGGCGAUUGAAACACUUUUACAAAAUAAUAAUUGGAGUUUGCAAGACUUCAAGACAAUGCCAUAUCCAAAAGAUUAUGUCGUUACCUUUGUAGGAAAUAGGCUACUCUAUGAUGAACGUCAGUACGAUGUUGCUGCUCAACAACAAAUUUUUAUAAACCUUUACGCUUCUCUUACAAGUAAUAUAACUCUAUUUUUACAACAGUUCAAACAAUUUCAAACUUGCAUUCUUAUUAACAGUUUUGUUUGGAAACAACUCUUAUUUAUAGAUGAGCAAAGAGGCAUUUUUGAGGAAAUCAUGGAUGCUGUAGAAAAGCAAAAAGGCGGGGUGUUUUUUUUAUAUGGCUACGGUGGUACUGGUAAGACCUUUAUGUGGAACACUUUAUCAGCAUCACUUAGGUCUAAGAAAAAAAUUGUCUUACCGGUAGCUUCAAGUGGGAUUGCAAGUUUGUUGUUACCAGGUGGAAGAACAACUCAUUCUAGAUUUAAGAUUCCAGUCCCUACUUUAGAAACUUCUAUUCGCAACAUUGACAAAAAAGAUGAUCUUGUAGAGCUUCUAAAAAUGACAGAUCUAAUCAUAUGGGAUGAAGCUCCUAUGGCUAACAAGUUUUGCUUUGAGGCUCUCGACAAAUCCUUAAAGGAUAUUAUGAGUGGAACCACACAUGCUUCUGAAAAAGUUUUUGGAGGUAAGGUUGUUGUGUUUGGUGGUGACUUUAGACAAAUUAUCCCUGUUAUACCAAGAGGUACUAGAUCUGAUAUUAUCCAUGCAACAAUCAAUGCUUCUUAUAUUUGGGAUCAUUAUAAAGUCUUGAGACUUACAAAGAACAUGCGCUUGCAAACCGGUGCAACUACUUCUAAUGCUGAUGACAUAAAGAGCUUUUCUGAGUGGAUUUUAAAUAUUGGAGAUGGGACCAUGUAUACAUACCCCGAUCCCAUUCAUAACUAUCUUGAUUCCAAUUAUCUUCAAAGUCGUGCAAUAUUAGCUUCAACAAUAGAAGUAGUAGAUGAUAUCAACCAAUAUAUCACAAACCUUCUUCCAGGAGAAGAGAAAGAAUACUUUAGUAGUGAUUCUAUUGAUAAAUCUGAUGCAACUAACUUUGAUGCAUAUGAGCAUGUGAUACCCGAAUUCCUAAAUGCUCUUAAAACUUCGGGAUUGCCUAACCAUUCAAUCAGGUUGAAAGUUGGGGCGACUAUUAUGUUAAUGCGGAACCUAGAUCAAUCUGAAGGCUUGUGCAAUGGUACAAGGCUAAUUGUCACCAGGCUUGCUGCUCAUGUCAUUAAAGCCAAGAUCAUUUCUGGAAAAAAAUAUUGGUAA